GAGCCCGGAAGGCCAGGGGCGGGACUCGCGCAGGCGCAGUGUGGCCGGCAACAUGGCAUCCAAGGCUAAGAAGCGAGCGGUGGGAAACGGGGUCCAGCGGCCGCUGGGAGCACAGGAGCAGCGCGAGGAGGAGGAAGAGGAUGAGGUCGAGGAUGAGGAAGAAGACGAUGAAGACAGUGACGAAGAAGAGGAUGAAGACGAUGAGAUCGUGGACGAGGAAGUGAAUAUUGAAUUUGAAGCUUAUUCCAUCUCAGAUAACGAUUACGACGGAAUUAAGAAAUUACUGCAGCAGCUUUUCCUAAAAGCUCCUGUGAACACUGCAGAGCUAACGAGUCUCCUGAUUCAGCAGAACCACAUUGGGAGUGUGAUUAAGCAGACGGAUGCUUCAGAAGACAGCGAUGACGAAAUGGAUGAAGAUGAGAUCUUUGGCUUCAUAAGCCUUUUAAACUUAACUGAAAGAAAGGGGACUCAGUGUGCUGAGCAAAUUAAAGAGUUGGUUCUGAGCUGCUGUGAGAAGAGCUGUGAGAAGACCGUGGUUGAGCAGCUGAACAAGCUCUUGAAUGACACCAGCAAGCCUGUGGGCUUUCUGCUAAGUGAACGUUUCAUUAACGUCCCUCCACAGAUCGCUCUGCCGAUGCACCAGCAGCUUCAAAAAGAGCUGACAGAGGCGCAAAGAUCCAACAAGCCAUGUGGGAAGUGCGUCUACUACCUGCUGAUAAGUAAGACAUUCCUCGAAGCAGGAAAAUCCAGUUCCAGAAAGAGGCAGGACGGCCCUCAGCAGGAUGCGCUAAUGUUCGUGAACGCUGAGGAGGAGUUUUUCUAUGAGAAGGCAGUCCUGAAGUUCAGCUACUCGGUGCAGGCGGAGAGCGACACUUGUCUGGGAGGCAGGUGGUCCUUUGAUGAUGUUCCAAUGAAGCCCUUGCGAACUGUGAUGUUAAUCCCGGAUGACAAGAUGAAUGAGAUCAUGGAAAAGCUGAAAGACCAUUUAUCUGUCUAGUCUAUUUCCCCUGGACAGGGGCGGACUUGUUCAU